AUGGCGUGUAGUAGUUUUUUUAGUAGCGAAUAUUUUUAUCGAUGUUUUCACGGUCCGAAUGGGUGAGUUUUGAAUUGCCACGUCAUUUUUCUGGCGUGAAUUCAUUCCCGAAUUUGAAAUUUUUGCAGAUGUUUGGUGCCAAGUCGGCCUACUGAAGGUCAACCCAUUGAAAAUCAAUUCGAUGAAUUGGAAUCGAAACUCAGUAUUUUGGCAAAGUAAGUGGCCCUUUUUUUGCUAAAUUCCAAAAAAAAAUCUCCUAAUAUUUCAAAAUUUUUCUAGGAAACGAAGUGAUGAAAUUGAACGUUAUUUAGAUGAACAAAAGAGAAAAAACGAUGGAAUUUUGAAUAUUUUAAUUCUCGGUGGACCGUCCAGUGGAAAAUCGACAAUUUUCAAACAAAUGCAGUGGGUUUCGUUUGUAUUGGCAUAUAGUUGGACAUGGUUUGGAAAAAACUCGAGCGAAACCAGUUUUUUGAGUUCGCUCACUUGUUUGGGUUUUGAGUUCGCUCACUCAUUUCAAACCGGUUUUCGCUCAUUUCUGAUUUGAUUAGAAUAGAUGGAUUUUUAGUUUUUCGGAUAUGGGAAAUCGAUUGGUGAUAAUAAUUCGGCCCAAAAGCCCAAACUAAAAUGAUCAUAACUUUUUUAUUUUUCAAGCUUUUUCAAAUAUCUCUGGACCAUUGUGACGUGCUCAUCCUCAGCUAAAUUUUUGCUCUUCGGAUUUUGAAUGUUGGUCCGAAGAGAAAAAAUGACCAUUUUAGUUUUUGUGACUCGAAAAGGUAUAAUGUAUUUCAAUUUAAUUUCAAACAAAAAUCCAUUUUUCAUGCCCUGUCCCUUUAAAAGUCACGUUUAGGCCGAAUUAUUAUCACCAAUCGAUUUCCCAUAUCCGAAAACCCAAAAAUCCACCAAUUCUAAUCAAAUCAGAAAUGAGCGAUAUUUGAGCGAAAACCGGUUUGAAAUGAGUGAGCGAACUCAAAACCCAAACAAGUGAGCGAACUCAAAAUUUGAGUUUUCGCCCAGAUCAUUUGAAAACUCACUCAUGUCUUACUAUAUAUUGGCAUUUUUCACAGCGCAAAAAUGUGUGCCGCCAUAGCUCAGUCGGUUAGAGCGUGGGUCUAAUAAGCCCAAGGUCGCAGGUUCGACCCCUGCUGGCGGCAAACUUUUUUCCUUUUCUUCAGAAAAAGGACAAAAAAAUUCUCAAAUUUUUUAUUCCAGAAUAAUUCACCGUGAUGGCUAUAAAGAUGCCGAUGAACUGGAAUCAUUUAAAAAUUUGAUAUACGAGAACAUUUUCGAUAUUUUUCAACAACUUCAAAAUGGUGCCAGAAUUAUAGGAAUCAGUCUUGAAAAUUUGAAAUGCCACGUGGAUUCGGUGGCUGAAGGUUAUCGAAACUCGGAAAAUGUGAAUAGCAAAAUUUUGACGGUGGAAAUGGCCGAAAAUCUCAGGGGAAUUUUGGAUAUCGGCUGAAAUUCAACGGGUUUUUUCGAGACGAUAUGAAUUCGAGUUGAUGGAUUCGACAAAAUAGUAGGUUUUGGAAAAAGUGGGAAAAUUUUGGAUUUAUGAACUUUAAAAGUCGUUUGCAAAUUUUAAAUUAUGAUUUUUUUUUAAGUUUACAAUUUUUGAAACAGUGAAUAUUUGGGGAUUUUUUCAUGGAAAAUUUCUUGGCGUCAAAAUUUCGAUUUUAAAAGUUGAAAUCAAAAAUAUUCUGAAUCAGUUGAUCAAAAAUGUUUCCCAAAAAAUCUGAAAAAUCCCGAAAUUUCAGCCCCAAAAAUUUCAGCUCCAAAAUAUUUUUGCAGCUAUCUCUCAAAUCUGAAUCGCCUCAGUCAACCCGGAUAUAUUCCAAAUUAUGAAGAUAUUGUUCACUCAAGAAGACCAACUAAAAAUAUUCAUACUAUGAUUUUCACUUAUACACAUCUCAAAUUGAAGUGAGUUUGACUGAAAAUCUUGUGAUUUUUGAUCGAGAAAAUGUGUACUUUUCACUCGAAAAAGUUCAAAGAAAUCUAGUUUUCUGACUAAUUUUUUUCCAUUUAAAAAGGCUAUAAUUAGGUAAAAAUUGUUGUUUUGUUGGAAAGAAAAACUUUGAAAAAUAUGUUCAAAAAAUCAGAGCAAAAAUGAGUCACGAGGUUGAUGAAUUUUGAAAAAUUGACAAAUUAAUUUCAAUAUCACGGCAACAAUCCAUGAAUAUAAAAAUAUGAAUUUACCUGAUAAGCCUAGCUUUAUGCCUAGAUUAUAAUCUAAGCCCAAUCUAAGUCUUAUAUCCUAGUAAGUUCACAAAUUCUGUGGAAAUUCAAUUUUUUUCUAGACUUAUCGACGUGGGUGGUCAAAAAUCGGAGCGUCGUAAAUGGCUUCCACUUUUCGAAGAUUCGCGAGUCAUUCUUUUCGUCAUUGAUCUAACGGGCUACGCGAAAAAAUCCGAAGAAUCUCGUCUCGAAAUAUUACGCUCAGCCAUUUUUCAAAAAUGGUGGGAAGAUCCGGGUAAUGUAUCUGAUCUGAAAGUGGCACUCAAAAUAUUCGAAGAUGUUUCGAAUAAUGCGAUCCUCAAAAAUGCCGUGUUUUUAAUGUUUUUCAACAAAUUCGAUUUAUUUGAAGAGUUAUUGAGGGAUUUCGAAAUUGAACGAUGUUUUUCGAAAUUCAAAGGAAAAUCGGGUGAUUUGGAUGAGUGCUCGGAUUUUAUUAGACAGAAAUUUUUGAGGGCUGCUAAGCACAGGAAAUCGAUUUAUCCACAUUUUACAACCGCCACCAAUACCGAGAAUAUUAAAGUGGGUUAAAUUCUGGCGCGAUAUUCUUGAGCUUGACUUUGACAAAAAUUCAAUAUUUUUCUACGCUUCAAAAUUUUCAUAAAAUGAACAAAUUUUUGUUGAUUUUGUUUGAAUGAUUGUAGACAAUCCGAAAUUAAAUUUUGAAAAAUCUAAAAAUUUUGAAACGUAGAAAAAUAUUUAAUUAUUUUUCCAAGCUCAAACAUUUCAGUUUUUUGUGUUUUUUGGCUGAAUAGAAUUUUCGUGCCGAAAAUCCAAAACUAUUUUUGCAGAUGGUCUUUCGCGCAUCAAUGGAAAGUGUCUUCAAGGCGAAUUCCCGUUCAACUGGACUUCAAUGA